AUGGCUUCUCUUCGCAUGCCCGAGCCAACACGGCAGCCCCUGGCUUUGUCGGAGUAUAAGGUUCUGUCAUUCGAUAUCUACGGGUCGAUUAUUGAGUACAAGGCUCACAUCUUAGCUUCUUUCCGACCGCUUCUUUCUCAACUCGACACGUCGUCCAAGUACCGUGAUUCCACCCCGCUAUCCGAUGACCCAAAAUCUGCCACAAAGGGUUCUAUUGAGUUUCUAAAGCUCUUUCAGCAACAUGAGGACGCCAUCAAGCUCGAAUUGGCUGAGAAGCCUCUGCGUUUCGAUGAAAUCAUGCAGGAAAUCUGGCAGCGCAUCGCGAUCGAUCUGAAACUGACCUCGGAUGACGCCAAGUCUUUCGGUAGUCGCGAGACCAUUGCCUCGUGGCCGACCUUUGACGGGACGUUUGACGCUCUUUCGUAUCUCAGCACCCGCUAUAGGCUUGUCGCUUUGUCUAACAUCGACAAAUACGCUUGGAACAUCACUGCUGAUUCGGCCAGUCUUGGCGAGAUACUGUGGUGGAAAGUCUUCACCGCAGAAGACUUCGGGCGCGAUAUGAAGAGGGCUGAUGAUGCCAAGCUCGAGACAUUGAUCAAUCACUGCGAGUCCCAAGGGUUUGAUAAGUCACAAAUCUUGCAUGUUGCACAGAGUCUCGGUCAUGAUCAUGCUCCGGCAAAACGAAAUGGCUUGAGCAGUGUCUUCCUGAUUGGAGAUGGCCCGGUAUGGGGCAAGGAGGCGGAGAGCAGAAUGGCAAUCGAGAAGGGCCUCGUUGGCUAUGCUUGGAGAUGCAAGGACUUGCGCGAGUUUGCAGAAGUGGUGAAGCACGCGUUUGGAGAUUAG